CUUAAAGAUAGCUCAUUGAUCGAUAAAUCGAAAUGCAGAAGCCCUAGAGUUCUGAGAGAGAGAAAAAACUGAAUGGGUCGUGCCAAAUUGUGAUUUUUGCAUCUGGGUCAGCAUUAGAAGCUAUUGAGGGAUAUUGCAGUUUGUGGGUUCAGUUAUUUGCUCAAUUUUUUGGGAGGAAAUGUAUGGUUACUGUAGAUUAUGUCUCAUUUUUUCACCUCUGUUUUUGGACUCUGGCAUAGUUGAAGUUUGAUUUGUUAGAGUGUGAAUGGUAUUGAAUCUCACACUGUUUUUGAAUCUAUGGCGAGGCGUCAUGGGUGGCAACUCCCAGCUCACUCCUUUCAGGUUGUGGCAGUAACAGUUUUUUUCCUAUUAUCUGUUGCUUUCUAUGCGUUUUUUGCUCCUUUUUUGGGGAAGGAAAUCUAUGAGUACAUUGCUACAGGCAUCUAUUCUUUCCUGGCACUCUCUGUGUUUAUACUUUAUGUGCGAUGCACGGCUAUUGAUCCUGCUGAUCCUGGGAUUCUCAUUGAAGCAGACAAUGACAAGAUGUCGGCGCACACAUCACAUGUUGGCACAGAGUUGACUGGUACGUUGUCUGCAACUGAAGAGCCCGGUAAAUUUGUAGGGUUGAAGAAUGCAGGAACAUCAUAUGAACAUGAUUCACGUCGUUGUUUGAAUGUCGGAUGUUGCCUUUGCUAUUGUCUUGUGAAAGAGGAUUGUCGCAAGGAUGAAAUUAGUUUAGAGGAAGAAAAUGGCGAGGAGGAGGCUUUGUUCUGCACAUUGUGCAAUGCUGAGGUGAGGAAGUUCAGCAAACAUUGCAGAAGUUGUGACAAAUGUGUUGAUGGAUUCGAUCAUCACUGCCGGUGGCUGAAUAAUUGUGUGGGCAGGAAAAACUACAUAUCGUUUGUAUGCUUAAUGGCUGCAAGCCUUGCCUGGCUCGUAUUUGAAUGUGCAGUGGGGAUUGCCGUUCUUGUUCGCUGUUUUGUUGAUAGAAAAGCUACUGAGAACGCAAUCGUGGACAGGCUCGGAGAUGGAUUUUCUCGUCCUCCGUUUGCUACUGUGGUGACGCUAUGUACAGCUGUUUCCUUACUCGCGACCGUUCCUUUGGGAGAGUUAUUCUUUUUUCACAUCAUUCUUAUCCGAAAGGGUAUCACGACGUAUGAAUAUGUGGUUGCCAUGAGGACCCAAAGUGAACCCCCCGGACCUUCUGUAGAGGGAGGAGAUCAACAAAGUUUACCCUCUUCGCCAACCAGCUCUGCUGUGACCGCCAUUAGCGGGAGAAGUUCGGUUGGAAUGGGUCUGCAAUAUAAAGGUGCUUGGUGCACUCCACCGAGGAUAUUUAUGGAUCAUCAGGAUGAAAUUGUGCCUCACCUCGAGCCUGGUCGGCUGCCAUCAACGGUCGAUCCGGAUCACGUAGUUCAAGGCAAAAAAGCACCGCAGCGGCCCAUCAGAAUCAGCGCAUGGAAGCUGGCGAAACUGGACUCCCAUGAGGCGAUCAAAGCCGGUGCAAAGGCCCGAGCGUCGUCCUCCGUUCUACGCCCCAUCGGCUCCCGACCUAAUCCGUACGACGGCGACCACAUGUCAAGCACGACCAUGAGCAGCCCUACUAGCACGAGACAUGGAUACUACGACUCUCGAGCGGGCACGUCCCGACUAUCGCCGGCGAAGAGCUCGUACCCGCCUAGCCGAGCCAGCCGGGACGAUGUCGACACAUGCGCCCACAGCGUCAGCAACCUGAGCAGCCCUCUCGCCGCGAACCUCACGCCCUCACCGAUGGCAGGGCAGCACUCGUCGAACUUCAACCCGAUGUACCAGUCGUCCGCUGUGCAUUCGCCCUUGUCGGCAAGGGCCAGCGAGACCAAUGAGGCCCCUCGGAUCCCGGCGAGGAAGAACAACAGUAACAACAACGUGGGGCCCACAGACGGGGCAAAGUCGUCAGUGUACUGGGAUCCGGAGGCGGGAAGGUUUGUCUCGUCCGCCUCGAGGAGCGUUGGUGGCUCCUCUUCUGCGACGGAGCUCACGUAUUCGGGCCAGUCGAUAUUCUUUGGAGGGCCGCUUGUGAACGAGCAGCUGAACAGGAGCGGGCGCUCGACUGGGCCUCCGCAGCGGAGCUCGACGGCAAGCUAUUACCAGCAGGGGAGGUCGCAGCGUGGAGGGCAGCUUCCUGUGUUUGUACCGAGUGAUUCACAGCAGCAGCAAAACAAAUUUUCUUCUAAUUUAGAGUAGCAUUUUCAUUAAUGUUUCUGUUACUAAUUUGAGCAGUAGAAUUAGAUCGUUACAAUCUUCAAGUUAUCAUAAUUUCUUUCAAUGUCA